AUGCCUUCAGCAGACAAUGAAUUCAAAGGCCACGAAAGCGAUGGGUUUCGGAAAUAUCAGUUCCAACGCCUGGGGCAGGCUCUUGUCCUCAUGCUCCAUACUUGGAGCGUGAUGAUCGCAUGGGCCAUCUUCGCCUCACUCUGGUUCCUACCGCAAGGCCCAUUGCUGGCCCUGCUGUACCUGUUGCAUAUCUUCCUCUCCAGUGCGGGCACUUCCGGUCGCCUCGAUCGCCGGUCCAAUAGACUCCGCUGCUCAUGGUUUAGCAAGGCAUUCACUUCCUACUUUCCUUGCGAACUCCACCGGUCGGCGCCUCUUCCCAACUCGAGAAAGUACGUGCUGGGCUACCACCCGCAUGGCAUUAUAUGCCACGGGGCGUUCGCAUCGUUUGCCACAGAUGUCACGGGCUUUUCUACCCUUUUUCCCGGUAUCACGAACGUACUUUUGACCCUAGACUCCAACUUCAAGAUUCCAAUCUAUCGCGAAUAUAUCCUCUCAAUGGGCUUGGGCGGGGUUUCGCGCAGUUCAUGCCACGAGAUCCUCUCCCAGGGAGGCAGUGACGGCCGUGGGGCUGGUCGUGCAAUAACGAUAGCAGUUGGAGGAGCUCGCGAAUCACUCUUAGCUAAGCCGGGUAGUAUGAAGCUUUUCAUUCGGGGGCGUAUAGGCUUCAUUCGAAUUGCUAUCCGACAGGGUGCUGACGUCGUUCCGGUGCUUGGAUUCGGAGAGAACCAGCUAUAUGAUCGGAUAGACUCCGAUAUGCCACCUUUCGUUUUGAAACUGCAGAUGCUCUUGAAGGACUAUUUGGGGUGGACUUUGCCCCUUUUCUACGGUCGCAGCUUUUUCGGGGGUGGCUGGGGUUUUAUGCCACAUCGGGAGCCUCUUCAUGUUGUAGUUGGGAGGCCGGUUGAAGUGACACAACAGGAUAACCCUGAUGCGUCAUAUAUUGAGCAAAUCCACCAGGCAUAUGUGAACGAGAUCUGGCGCACCUGGAACGAAUGGAAACAUAAGCUACCUCUCAAUUCUGUCAGCGAAUUGGAGCUUCUAUGA